CUCUCUUACUUUAUCUCUCUAUAUUUUCUUCUCUCUCACAGACAUUAAUAAAAUAUAGACAAAACAGAAUGUGUCAGCUAAAUCGUGUCAGAAAUGAAGUUACAAUACCUUUACUCCCAAAAAUAUCUCAUCAGGAGAAACUGCAUGUACUUCCAAAUUACACUACUCCCCUUUCCCUCUUCGCAAAUGAAGCAAUCUCAGUAGCAAGAAUCUCUCUCCCACUGGUCUUCACAGGUCUCCUCCUUUACUUUCGCUCUUUCGUCUCUCUAUUUUUCCUCGGCGGCCUCGGUGACCACACACUCGCCGGCGGCUCCCUAGCCCUCGCAUUCGCCAACAUAACCGGUUACUCUUUCUUCUCCGGUUUAACCAUGGGCGUUGAAUCAAUCUGCUCCCAAGCCUUCGGCGCAAAACGUUAUAACCUCGUCAUGGCUACGAUCAAGCGAGGAACCGCUCUCCUCCUCUUCACAUCUCUCCCUGUUUUUCUCCUCUGGAUCAACAUCGACAAGGUCUUGAAAGCGUUAAAACAGGACGAGGAGCUUGUGUCCGAAGCUCACACCUUCCUGCUUUACUCUGUUCCUGAUCUCAUCGCCCAAUCUUUCUUACACCCAUUAAGAGUUUAUCUCAGGACACAGUCAAAGACUCUUCCUCUAUCAAUCUGCACGGCGGUAGCGAGUGUUCUCCACUUGCCCAUCACGUUCUUCCUCGUGUCAUAUCUCGGUUUGGGUAUUAAAGGUAUCGCCUUAAGUGGGGUUGCCUCAAACAUCAACCUUGUUGCCUUUCUCUUCAUCUAUAUCGCUUUCUUGGAAGACAAAGUAAGAAGCGACGAGGAAGGUGAGGUUUCAGAGGAGUCGUGUGGAGAUAGUGUGAGAGAAUGGAAGAAACUGCUCGGUCUGGCCAUACCGAGUUGUGUAUCGGUUUGUCUCGAGUGGUGGUGCUAUGAGAUCAUGAUCGUGCUUUGUGGGCUACUUGUAAACCCUAAAGCAACCAUUGCUUCAAUGGGAAUUCUCAUCCAAAUCACUUCUCUUAUUUACAUUUUCCCCAACUCGUUGAGCUUUGGAGUCUCGACUCGUGUGGGAAACGAGCUGGGUUCGAACCAGCCGCAGAGAGCGAGAAGAGCAGCCAUUGUUGGGCUCGGUCUCAGUAUCGCUCUAGGGUUUACGGCUUUCGCGUUCACCGUGUCAGUCAGAAACAUGUGGGCUAGGCUUUUCACUGAUGAUGAGGAAAUCAUUAAGUUAACUUUGAUGGUUCUACCAAUUGUUGGCCUUUGCGAGCUUGGAAACUGUCCUCAGACGACAGGGUGCGGCGUUCUAAGAGGGUCAGCGAGGCCAAGAAUCGGAGCUAACAUUAACAUGGCGGCGUUUUAUGUGGUUGGGAUGCCAAUGGGAAUGGUUAUGACGUUUUGGUUUGGGUUUGGAUUCAGGGGACUUUGGCUUGGAAUGCUCGCGGCGCAGAUAGUGUGUGUGAGUGGUAUGAUGGUGGCGACGUGUAGGACUAAUUGGGAGGUGGAGGCGGCAAGGGCUAGGGAGCUCACAGCGGUGGAUGGUGGAAGAGGCGGCGACGACAAAGACGUGGAGGUUGGGAAGGUUGAUUAUUAGGGAGGAAUGAGUCAAGUGAGGUCUUUAGGAGUGAUAGAAAGACUGCUUUGUUUCAUGACUUUUUUUAGGAUUAGUUGAUAACUUUUUUCUUUAAUUGAAAAGAUAUACAUCUGUUAUUUGAUCUGGCUA